CUUCAAAAUAUUCACCGUUCAAUGACAUCGUUUUAAAAAGGAAAGUACAUAGUAAAUAGUUAUUUGACAGUGAGUAUGUAUUUAUAUUAAUAUAAUAUAAAUAAGUAUACGUAUAGUUAUCGAAAAUCAUCAGUAAUUCAAGAUGCAAUAACUCAGGAGAAUUUUCCUCAAUUUCCAGUUAUGAAGGUGAUCAUCACAUUUUGACAGAUGCCAAGCGUUAAAGAUGAAUCAGAGGCAGAAGGAGAAGAAAUGUCUCACGACAGCAAUGAAAGUAAUCAAAGCUCUGCGUCGUGUGACAGUAGUGCAGAACAUAGUGACAGUGACGAUUCCUCUGAGAUGGAUGAGGAUGAGUGCGAAAGGCGACGUAACGAAUGCAUGGAAAACUUAGUAGAUUUAGAAAGACAAUUUACGCUCCUCAAAGAGCAGCUUUAUCGUGAAAGAAUUACCCAAGUAGAUACAAAAUUGGGAGAAGUUCGAGUCGGAAAAUCUGAAGAAUAUUUAGUACCGUUGGAACGAUUAAAAGAGAAUAUGAAAACAAAAACAGAAGUAGCUGGAAUAUUAAAGCAAUAUAGAUUACAAAAUAUCCAAAAUAAAUUCUUAGCGGAAGAACAAGCUGCAUUACAGAAUUUUGAAAGUGAAAAAGAGUUAAUUUGGGAUUGCAUCCAUAAUGAUUUACAAGAAAAAAUACGUAGACUAGAAGAAGAUAGGAAUAAUGUUGAUAUUCAUGCAGAUUUGUGGUUAAAUUCUAAUGGUAGAAGGCGAAGAAACCACACUGAAAGAAGAAGAGCUAUUUCAGUUUCUGGACCUUAUAUUGUUUACAUGCUUAAUGAUGCGGACAUCCUUGAAGAUUGGGCAUUGAUAAAGAAAAGUCUAAGUAGUCGAAAAACUGAAAUAAUAUAAUACUAUACAUACAGUUAUAUGAACGCAAUUUUUUAAAAUAUAACAAUCUUGAUGAUGUUAAUGUGUCGCCCUUUUAUAGGUAUAGGGUGUAUAAAACAGAUUAGAGCGAUAACAUUACCUUCAUUUUAGAAUACUGGCACUUCCUUUACAUUUGUAACAUAUAUAGAGUGCCUUCUGUAAAACACUUUGAUCUCUGUAGAACUACUUUAGUUGAUAGAGUAAUGGUGUAAACGGACUGACGGAAGAAUUUGAUAACAAAAAUAUCUAUGCCUUUGAAAACGUAAUUCAGAAACUAAUAAAAUAUUAACUUCUUGUUAAUAUAGUUAUUAUUAUUUUGUUUACGAACGGAAUAAUACUUAGUUGUAAAAAUAAUUCGAUACCAAAUGUAAGAAUCUGUUUAAGUAAUUUCACUCAGCUUGUUCACAAUGAAAUGCGCUUAUUCUUAUUAUAAAAUACGUUUCUCAAAAGUUAUAAGCAUGUUCAUUAGCAUUUGAUAGCGUAAAAUUUUUCAAUUUAGAAUUUAUUAUUUAAAUUAUAAAUUUAUCUUUUACAGAUAUACUAUUAUACAUGUACAAACUGUAUCAUAAUAAUUGAAUAUACAUAUUUCAUAUUUUUGAAUAAACUUUCAAGAAAAGUAAUGUUUGUAAAAAAA